AUGGCCUUGGGGUUUGCAUUAGCACUAGCUAUGCCGAUUUUCGUCGUUAUAUCGAGACUAAGCAUCAAGAGAAGUUGGAUUCUCAGCCCAAAGUCCCCGCCAAUUACCGCCUUGGUGGUGGUCGACGAAGGCUUCCAGACGAGCCUAGCCGUCGGGAUAUGGCUACUCAAACCGAACCUCGUCGUGAACCUCUUCCCACUCAGCCGAACCCUAGGCCUGGAACUCCGACGAAUACGGCGCACAUCGAAUCGGCACCCGAAACUAGGACUUGCCGACGCCGGGCUCGAUACCGAGACUAGCGCUAGAGCAGCCACGGGAAGGACCCCCCAACGAUCUAUUCCUCAUUGUAGUCCCGUCAAGAGCCAAGCCGCUCCUGCUACAUCUAGUCCAUGUGCUUGGGAAAAGGCAAUUAGUAGACUAGUUGGCCCCAUCUACGGUCCUGAGGAUCUUAUAUGCGGAUGGGUCACCAAGCGGAAGUCGAAGCGAAAAGCUAGCUUCAGUCUACAAUGGCCUGCUAAGAGACUUGUAAUAGACCCUGGUAGUAGGCCGAACUCGAGCCCCGAAUUCUCAGAUGCCGAUGAUAAGGAUGACGAGAACUAA